GACGCCGCCUCCGCUCCCGUCGCAGUCGCAGCACAUUCACCCUACCUCACUCGCCCUCCCCACCCUCCCCUCCAGACCCUCACACGGUCACACCACCGGCGCCGCCCGCCCUGUAUGGCCUACUACUCGGGCGGCGGCAAGCUGUCGGCGGUGGACGCCAUCCUGGCGGAGGCGGCGGACCUGGUGGCGCUCGAGCAGGUCGCCAAGCUCAACACGGCCCACCUCGAUGACGACUCCGCGCUUCCGUCCAGCCUCGAGGCCCGCUUCCGCAAGCUCAAGUCCCUCCCCUCGCCCGCCGCAGUGCCGCCCGUCAGCACCCUCGCCCGCAGCGCCACCGCGCCGCGCCCGGCCCCCGCUCUGCCCGGCCCCGAUCCUCCCGCUCCUGCUCCGCCUGUGCAUCACCCGGUCCACGAAGACCCGCCGCCGGGAGACGCGGAGACGAAGGGCGGCGGGUCCUCGCCGCGGCAGGCUCGCGCCCCGGCACCCGCACCCACGGUCCACGCCGACGACGCCAAGGACCUAGAUCAGCUGUUCGGGUCGGCGCCGCGGGGCCGGCCGACACUGCGGGAGCGGAACAGGGGGAGCGACUCCUCCUCCGUCUCCCCCUCGCCGCCGCCGCCGCCGCGCCAGGCGUGCUGCUUCGGCUUCUCCCCCAAGAAGCCCCUGCGGAGGGCGCCGUCGGCCAAGGGCAAGAAGAAGGAGGUCUGCCACGGGUCCCGCGACGUCCUCGGCGUCGACGCCGACGAGUGGGGCGACGAGAACAGGAGGAUCGCCACCGAGCUCAGGGAGCAGCAGCGCCGGCUCAGGAAGGCGCUGGAGGACCAGGUGCAGGUCAGCAGGGAGACCGCCAAGAUGGCGCGCUGGGUCAAGCAGGCGUCCGCGCGCAUGACGCACGCCGAGGCCAUCGACGACCUGCUCAGUGACUGCGAGGACGACCUCAAAUGAGCUCACGCCGACGCUUUGCUCGUCGGUUCUUCCACUGUCUUUGUCUUGUUGGUGAUCACAAGUCUGUCAAAAAUGCUCAUAUGUUUUCAUGAGUGCAUUUGCAUCCAUGCUUUGGUACAAUGCUUAUACAGAAGAAGCAGAGUCACGAAACAAUGCUAUUUCUUUUAUGUC